AUGGCACAGAGCAUGAAGGUGAAAUAUGACAAAUACUGGGGAAAGAUUGACGAAUGUAACGAGACACUUAUAAUUUCCUUGGUUCUUGACCCAAGAUACAAGCUCAAGUAUCUCAACCAUUGCUUCAAAGCUUUUUAUGGUCCACUGACAUGCGCUCAGAUGGUUAAUGAGCCUAGUGGAUCUUCCUCUUCCUCAUUCACUACUACUUCUAGUUUGAAGAAGUAUGCUUCGUUGCAUGAUGAGUUUGUACAACAAAGGAAAGAGGAAGAUGGUGGUAAGAGAAAGAAUGAGGUUGAUAGGUAUCUAACUGAGGAUGCUGAACCUAUGAUUGAGAGUGUCAACUUAGAAUUUUGA